UUGAUGUGUGCUCUCUGUGUGGAAGACGAUGACAACACAACACGGACAUUAUUCAUCGUUUCCUAACGUAACUGGACCUGAAUUAGCGUUUGUCUUGACCAGAGUGACUGGUACAUGAGGCAGCCUUUCGUUUGGCGCCCUUUUGUCAACUCUUCGAAAGUGAAUGGCCUAAGCAGAGCGAGAUGAGUUGGGCCGAGGACGACUGGACCGUGGGCUUGUCGGGUCGGGCUCUGCAAAAGGUGAAGGAGCUGCAGAUCCAUCAGGAGCGUCUGUCCAGAGAGAGCAAGCAGAAGCAGCUGCAGCUGGACAACAUCCAGAUUAGCCACGAUAAACAAACUGUGAAGUAUGAGGAGGUGCGUGGGGAGCUCCAGGCGGUGCAAAGGGAGCUUCAAAGUGUUCGGGAGGAGGCCAAGUUGGCCGUGACCACUGGUCAGCGCCUGAGCCAGGAGCUUCAGACCAAGCAGGCCCAAGUGUGCUCUUUGGAAGGCCAGUUAGAUGCUGCCCGGACCCUCAGCAACAAACUCACACAGGAAGUUAAAAGACUGGAAGCAGAACUUGAGAAGUUGUACAACAGCAGCAGGUCGACGGACACCACACCCUUCUCGACACCCUGCUGGAGCACUGGCUCACCCUGGGAGCACCAUGGGAGCCGAAAGGGUGACAGGAUGAGCCAGAGAGAGGAAGCUGAGAGCCGGUCCGUCCACAUCCGACAGCGGCUCCAGUUCUCAGAAGCUCCUUCUACACUGUUGCCCCAACAACUCAAGACCACGCCCCGCAGCCACCCAUCUGACCAAUCAGACUCUUUUGCCUCUCCCUUGGCUGCGUUUCCGUGGGAGCGGGACGACCCGAGGCCCGUAGCCAAGAGACCAUCUCCAUCUUCUCCCCAGACGCCAUGUGCUGACAUCAUCCGCCACGGCCAAUCACAGCAGAAGGCUUUAGAGGACGAGCAAGAGCUCAGGGCACAAACAGAAAAGACUUUGUCGCAAAUGCAGCGUCAAAUAUCUUCCUUGGAGGAAGAGCUGAGUGGAAAGACCGAGUCACUCAAGUCACUUCAGUGUGAGAUGGAACAGAGCAAGACGAAGAUGGCCGCCACCAAGCUCAGCCUGCAGAGGGCGCACAACGAGCUCAGCGCAGCGCACACGCGGAUAAGUCAGGAGAGCGAACGGGCCUCAGGAGCUGAGCAGAGGCUGAAGCAGCUUCAAGAGGAGCUCAAGUGUCAGAGGCAGAAUGCCGAGAGUAGUCGACUGCAGCACCAACAGCGCGCUAAGGAGCUGGAGAAGCAACAUCAGAGGGACUUGCUGGAGCUCCAGAAGGAGAAGCAGGGCAUGGAGAAGCAGCAUCAACAGGAGGUGAAUAAACUCAACCAGGAGCUCCAGCAGGCCAGGACGCUUCACAAUGCCCUGCAGGCCCAGGUUGACAAGCUGUCUCUGCAGAAGCAAGGACUGGAUAAAGAGUUGGGGUCACUGAAGGAGAAAGUCAAGUUCACAGAGAGACAGCUCCAGGACAGUCAGAAGAAAGAGAUGCAAAUACAAGCCAAACUGAAGGAGGUGAUGCGCGAUGCAGAGGGCGUGGCGGAAAGUCUAGGGCAGAGCAAGAAGAGAGAGCGAGUCUUGGAGGAAGAAGCGAUCAGGCUGGAAGAGGAGCGAGCAGAUGCUCUUCGCCUUCUCAAAGACCUGCAAGAGCAAAAAGCUACACCUCUUCCAGGCUAUACGCAGACUGCCCACGUGCCUCCUGUUGGACAGAGCUUCUCGUCACAACCUUUUUCUCUCCCUACUCGAUCAUCAGCAUACACCAAGGGGCCCGUCACCCCCAGAGUAGAGCAGCGAAGGGGGAAAAGAGAGGAGGAGAUCCAGCAAAUGACAUCGUACCCCCAUGACAGAGAGCCAGGAGAAGGCAUAGAUUCUGAACACAUCAUAACAGACUCUGAGUGUUCACACGGAGAAAGAAACUACGAAGAGAAGGAUUCUAAUGCGCUCAACAAGGCCCCCACUCAGGAGGAAAGUGACAGAUUGAUUCUUGAGUCUCUCAAGUCUGAACAGUCGAUAGCCACUGACGACCUCCAGAGGGAGAAUGCCGUGUUGCGUUCAGAGCUGCAUGACGUGCGUGAAGAGCUCCAGAAACGACUGGAGGACCUGGAAGCCCAGCGACGAGCUGAAGUGGAGGCCAGGACCCGUCUGAAACAGCUGAGCCACAAACACACCAGCCAGGGUGCGGAGAGAGAUGAGCAAGACAAGCAGUGGAAGGCUCAGUUAGAGAAGGAGAAGGCUGAGAUUGAGAUGUUGAGGAAGGCCUUGAUCACUUUGGAGACAGACAUGGAGAGAGAGAAGGAUGGGACAAAGCAUGCUCAGGAGGACCGGGAGGCGGUAAUGAUGCAGCUUAACCUCCAGCUGAAGGAGCAGCUUGGUGAAGUGAAAGUCCAGCUGGCUUUAGAGCGAGAAGGUAGGGAGCAAGAAAAAGAAGAGCUGACUCAAAUCAUUGCAACAGAGAGAGAAGGGAAGAGAGAACAGAGCAUGAAACUGGAAGAACUUGCAGCCGAGCUUGCUCAACUGAAGUGCAGCAGAGAUGAGGAGAAACUGUCAGCCAGCAAACCUGUGACAUGUCUGACGCUGCACUAUGACCAACUCAACUCCAACUUCAUUGCCUCGGAUAACAAACUCUCGUCGCCAGAGCAACAUGUCCUCUUCUGCCAGUCCACAAACCAGCACAACACUCUGGUCUCCCAGGCAAUGGCAGAUCUCAUCCAAGAGGAGCAGACUACAAUGAGACCACAACACGCAGUGAUGUCAGAUGAGGGGCAGACAGUGGUCUCUGGAGUGAGAGACUCCGCUUCAUUGACUCAUUCUGACCUCCAGAAGGAUGAGUCUGUCAUCUCUGACCUCAACCAAGAGAUUGAACGACUGAGGAAAGAAAAUGCUCAGGAGGCAGAGCGUGCUGAGCAGUUCCAAAUCAAACUGGCAGCUCUUCAAAACCAGUUGACCCGUCAAACCCGGCAGCUAACUCUCGGCUUUGAGAAGCAGAGCCAGUACAUCUCGGCACUUCUAGCUGAACUGCAGGAGAAGGACCGCGCCCUCCUCAGCCAGGGCGAGGAACUGCAGUGCUGCGCACGAGCGCUGGAUGCACUUAAGGAUGAAAUAACAGGGGAGGAUAUGACGAGAAGAAAGGAAGGAAAAGUCGGUAAGAUGGAUGAUGAAGGCCAAACAGAAGAUGCACUUGACUCUCUGGAUUCUUUAGAGCUGCAAACAGUCAGUGUGAUCACUUCCCGCUAUCUCACAGACUCUGAUCUACAAAAGCAUGCGGUAGUGGCGCAACUGCAUGGCUUUGUAUGCUCUGGUAAGACUGAAGGUAUCCAGGCCUCUGCUACUGAAGCUGCGUGUGGUCAAGAUGAAGGACAAGCACCAUCGAUUGCACCACUACUCAGUGCUGAGACGUAUAUCCUCUCAGACGCAACCAAACUGGAACAAGAGCAAGCCCAGCAAGACUCAGGAAGUAUCACAUCACAUGAGACGAGAAGAACGGACAUUAAGGGGCAAGAUUUGGAGAGGGAAAAAGAGCAAGAUGCCGCCUCUCCACGCCUCAUCAGCCACCUGCAGCAACAGGUGGUGGCGCUGCAAAAGAAGCUCCAGGAACUCUCUGAGAUGUCCAAACAGCAGGCGGAGGAGUUGGCCAUCUGGAGAUUAGCUUCUCAGUCCAGCUCAACUUCGAAGCAGGAUCAGAUCUUUCCCAGCCCAGGAGACCCAUCUGAAAUGCACCCCAAUCACAUGACCCACACGGAUAACAGCCUGGCACUGGUCAUCAGAGAGGAUGAGGUGUUCCUCUCCUGUAUCUCUGACAGACUACAAGGCCGCAUGCUCUCCACCAGCGUGCGACAGAACAGCUCGACAGAGCUGAGCAUCCAUCUUCCCCCUGCAGCCAUCAGCAAGGGUUCAGAACAGGAAACCAAGCUGUCAGGUACGUGUUUUUCCCAGCACAAAGUGGAGCGAGAGUCUGAACUUCUCCACACGCCACCUGUACAAGGGGGUCAGCAAGAUGUCACCACAGAUUCAUCACAAUGUUCUGACGCCGCGUCAGGCAGCUGGAGAUCGACCAAAGACUUAAAGAUGAACAGUCACUCCUCGGCGACAAGUGUCAGCACUCAAACAGAGGAGAGUGGCAGUGCAGCAGCACCCGAGCGCCAUUGUGUGCAUACACAGACAGAGGAUGAGGAGGAUGAAGAAUUGGACAACUCUUCUCCGACCGUGUCCAAAGUUGAGACAUCUGAGGCGAGAGGGACAAGAGACAAAAUGCUCUUUUCCACUUCCUUCCCCAUCCCGGCAGACCCCGUGCGUCUGGUGGAGAGAAUACGACGAAACAGGACACAGCUGUCUGCCGCUUUUGACGAUACUGAAUAUGAACCGUAUGGCCUCCCGGAAGUUGUCAUGAAAGGCUUUGCAGACAUCCCCACUGGGCCCUCGUGCCCCUACAUUGUGAGGAGGGGGUUGUUGGGGACCGCCGUUGUCCCCGUCACUCGGAAGGAGGUGAGCCAAGAGGACGAGACAGACUGAUACGCGAGCACACAGACGCCUUCCAUGGUCACAUUUGCUUGUUCUGGUUGCAACGUGAUGGACGACAUGGGCUUUAAAGGGACACACACCACCUCCACCGUGCACCUGGGAUGUUUUGAUCAUCACUACGUUACUCGCAAAUAGCUUCAACGUGUAGGGGUAAUUUAGUGAUGUUUGUUGCUGUUUCCACACCACACCUCCCUUUUCCACAGACACUAUUUAUCCUUCACUAACUUUAUAUGAACUCAUGGCCGACUGAGUGAGUGGAUCAGUGCCUGGGUUUUUUUUGUUGUUGUUGUUUUAAGAUGGCGAUAACUCCAUAAAGGCCAAAGUGAGGCUGUUGUAAAAUGUGACAUUUCUCUUUAUUUCCUCGUGUAUCUUAUUUAUAGACGCUUGAUUGUGUUUUAGUGAAGGGCAGGUGUUUCCCUAAACACACCGUAUGUGAAAGUAUAGCGUGUAUGAGUGUGUGCUGGAGGUUAGCUAUGUUUUUAAACACAUCUUCAUCUGAAUGUUACUGUGUGUGUGCGUGCGUGUGUGAGGGAGUAGCAGAGGGCUGGUGUGUGACUAACCUGCGUUGCUUUCCGCUCCAUGUAUGGUGAUACACGCUGCUCGGCUCUCCAAACGCUGCUUUGCUUUUCUGUCGUGCAAUGAUGGCGUACUUGUCGGUUCGACCUGUUCUUCCUGAAAGUGAACACACUGUUUUAUUAGCCGGCUACACACGCACACACACACAAGCUGCUCAAUAUAAUCAGAUAUGGCUUGCUUGUGUUUGGGAUGGAUGUGUCUGUUGAACACACUUGACCCCUUAGGUAAAGGAAAAGUGCACUUUUUUAUUUAUUUAUUUUGCCCAUCAUCCACCCAUCCUUAUGUGAAAGAUGGCCACACGUCUUUCCCUUUUUUGCACGUUCUAAAGAUAGAAAAGUGCGAGCUAGCAAUGCACGUAACAGGACACACUUAUUUUGACUACAAAGCCCUUAAACAAAAAAUGCCAAAAAACUCCAGCAAUGCUGUAAUUACAUAACUGACCUGUAUAUAAACCAAGCUGCAGCGACAAUGUUGUAGCAGCUAACAUGAAGAACUAUUUUCCUGGUGUAGUGACGCAGCGCCUCACGCCACUACCGAGAGGUAACGGGCCCACUCCAGAACAAUGCCAUAGGACACCAACCUGUGCUGACUAGGAAACAAGAACAAGCAAAUGAAUAACCAAAUGAUGUGUAAAGUGUUAGCUCACAUUCCAUGUUUUGUUUAUACACAGCUAGAUGGACUGUGUUGUGAUAUUAUGUUCUUUGUGCUCAAUGGAUCACAAUCAGUAUCAUGGUGACUUACUCCAUGGGCAGUUGUCCAUCCGGUCCAGCUGGUCUGGGGUGUCUUUUCCAGUUUAUUUUGGGUAAGUGGAAAAAAGUCUGUGCCGCUGCAGGGUUUGUUAGCGCUAACAAUUCUUUGUGAUGCAGUCUCUUGGAGCAGUGUCCUCCUCGCCAUACACACCAAGCCUUUCCAUCCAUGGUAACACUGUAUGCCACUCAGUGCAGAAACACUCCAUUAUCUUUCAUGCCGGUGUAAUGACUUGCCCCCCCACCCACCCCCAUCUACUACGACGUUUCACUCUCUCCUCGCCCGAUCAGCUUCUAAAACCUGUAGCUCGUCCUCCGUAUAUUCAGGCUCAAAAAGAUACGGAUCCUGAGAAAUUUGCCAUGAUUAGUAGUCGCACACAGACACGUGCUUUCUGUGCCGCCAUUGUUGACGGAAGUAGCAUUAGCGUCAGUGGGCUCUGUGAAAAUCAAUGCGCCCAGGCAAGAAGUUGUGGUAAUGUUUAAGAUGAUCAAAAUACGGCAAUAUACUGUAAGUAUUCCAUGUUAUCAUGAAUGUACCUGUUACUGCAGGGUCACAGCAUGGCUAGAAAACCUUGUUGGAGGUUUUCUAGAAUACUUCAUAGUCAAAAUAGGUGUGUCCCGUUACGUGCAUUGUUAGCUCCCUCUUGCUGUUUUUCUCUGAAAAGGGAAAGACGUACUGUAUGUGUGUUCAUGUUUCACAUAAGGUUUGUGGAUGAUGGGCAAAAUUGCCCAAAAAGUGCAGUUUUCCUUUAAAACCUUCCCAGCUGUGACUUUUUAAAAAUAUAUUUUGAAAAGUGUGAAGGGAUUUUUUUGUUUUUUUGUUUUUUACAUUUUGAGUGGUUCUUUCCCUCCUCAGUGGUAGAUUUUUGUUGCCAUCACUACUCAUUGACCAUGUUGACACACACACACACACACAUCUCUUCUUUAGCUGCCUCAUUUCUCCGGGAUGUGUAGUAAUUUGGCAGUGAGACAGGAUUGCGAGCAGGUCAUCUCUUUGUGCAUCUUGUGACCUUGUGUGAAUGUAAAAGUCUGUGGCUCCAAAUUAAAGGUUUCCUUCUUAAUUCCUCAUUUGAUGUUUGAAUUCAUUUCAUCCAUCCAUCUUCUCUCGCUUAUGCAACGUUGGGUCGUGGAGGCAGCAGCCUAAGCAGGGAAGCCCUCUUCCCUCUCCCCAGCUACUUCAUUCCCAGGCCAGUUGAGAGACAUAGUCUCUACAACAUGUCCUGGGUCUUCCCCGAGGCCUUCAACCUGAACAGCAAAAUGUUCGGGAGGCAUCCUGACCAGAUGCCCGAGCCACCUCAUCUGGCUCCUCUCAAUGCGGAGGAGCAGCGCUUCUACUCAGAGUUUCUCCCGGAUGACAGUACUUCUCACCUUUUCUCUAAGGGAGCCCAGCCAGCUUAUGGGGAAAACUCACUUGGCCGCUUGUACCCGUGAUCUUGUCCUUUGGGUCACUACCCAAAGCUCAUGACCAUAGUUGAGGGUAGGAACGUAGAUGGACUGGUAAAUUGAGAGUGUUGCCUUUUGGCUCAGCUCUCUCUUCAUCACCACAGACCGAUGCAGAGUCUGCAUCAAUCCCAGAGGUGGUUAAACUCCUCCACUUGGGGCAAGAUCUCAUCCACGACCCUGAGAUGGCACUGGCACUCCACACUUUUCCGAGCGAGAACCAUAGACUCGGACUUGGAGGUUUUGAUUCUCAACCCAUUGGAUUCAUGUAUUGUACGUAUUACUUGGCGUUGUCCGUGGCGAUACGUUGUAAAUGUAUUGUUAAUCGUGCACAGCAUUUUCCGUAUUUGCAACAUCACGUAUUGUGGUUUAAACAACAUGGGCCAAAAAUGGUAUCCUCAUAUUUUCACAAAACUUUGCGUCUAUUUCUGAUAAAUAGUAGUAUCAUCAAAAUAAAUAGCAUAAAGUGGAUUUAAAACAAUAAAUAAUAUCAUUUAAACUCAGCCAAGCAACAUGUCCUUUUAAAUGAACAAUUUAAUAAUUGAUUUUUUGACGUCUGCAUGUAAGCUGGCGUCAUGUUGUUUAGACAAACUAGUUCAGACCGAAUCAAUAGCGCCUCUACUGGUUGCAGCCAAGUAGUGCACUCCAUUAGGCCUGUCACGAUAAUCAAUAAAUCAGUUCACCGCACAAAAAAUAAAAAGAUUUAUUAAUUUUCUAUGCCACUUAAUCCUCAUUAGGGUCACAGACGUAUGCUGGAGCCUAUCCCGGCUGACUUCGGGCGAGAGGCGGGGCACAUCGGACUGGUGGCCAGCCAAUGGCAGGGCACAUAUAGACAAGCAUUCACACUCACAUUCAUACUUAUGGACAAUUUAGAGUCGCCAGUUAACCUAACAUGCAUGUUUUUGGAAGGUGGGAGGAAACCGUAGUACUCGAAGUAAACCCACACAUGCACGGGGAGAACAUGCAACAACAUGCUAACCACUAGGCCAAUACAUAAAAACGAACUCGACCAUUUUGCUGGCCUGGAUAUAUUGACAUGUGCAUGCGUGUUUGUUUUCCUCCUCCCUCUCUACCAAACAGGCGGGAUGACAAGAGGGUUCACUCUGUGCAUCUGCCUGAACACCUCGCAAUAUUUUUGCCAGAUCUUGCAAAACUGUUUACAUUAAGAGCAUUGUACUUCUGUGUUAAGAGCGGAAACAAAACAGACGCGACAAUGGAAUGGGAGAAGUUUACUGAGUUUCAUUUUGAGCUGGCCCUAAAAUACAGACAUAUUCAAACAGCGCUUAGCAGUAAACACCAGCUAAUAAGCACACAAUAAGAAGGUGACCUUUCAUACAACGGUUACUACUCAUUUCUAGCCUCGUUGUUCUCCACGUCACAAGCAACAGGAAAUAUGUCCGUCACAGACCGACCCCACCAGAAAACAAGUGCUUGCCAAAUGUUAGCUCAUAUUUGUAUCAGUAGGCGUUAAGGGGUUAAAGUAUCUCAUCUAAUUCCUGAUCAAAGUGUCACCGUUGAGGUUUAUCAUCUGAUAAUGGCCAAUCUGAGAAAUGGAGUCGUUAGUGUAACAACUUAGGAGCAUGACUUCCUGUUUGCAAUGUAUGCUGGAAGUAGCGUCACAUUGUUUAGGAAGUUGAACGCAUGAACUUAUUUUCUUUAUCUCACAAAAGUUAUUGUGAGAUCUCGGACACAUUAGUUUUUAUUUUUGACCUAUCAGUGUUUUGUUUUUUUUCUCUCCAUGUCCCUCCUAUGGGGGCUCGGUAAUAAUGAAAGUGACCCUGAUUGAAAACCAGAAAUGUUGUAAUUGAUGGUGAUUUUUAUUUAAGUGCAGUUUUUGCGAAAAGAGUACAUUUUAUUCUCAUGUGGAUUUUCUUGUUUAAUGUAUUUUAUUUAAAAGCUCUUGACAUUCCAAUUUUAAUGUUAAAUACUCUUGAGAAAUGAAAGUUUAUUGCUUUUGAUACGGUGUACUUGCAUUAUUAUGCCAUAAAUUAUCAUUACAUUCAUGAAAAAAUGUCCUCAAAAUAAUGUGGACAACUGGAUGAUUGCAAUGUCUGAAGACACUGCGUGUGAAUGCCCAAGCCUAAUGAGGUGGGGGGAAAACAAAAACGUGCAAAAAUAUAUACAUACAUAUAAGAGUAUUCAAGACUAUGACAUCAUGAAAGACAAAAUAUGUAUGAUGUAUUUUAAAUGUUAUAGGUUAAAUGUGUGUUAGCCUUAAUGUCUGGAUUGUGCUGAACCAUUUGAUGUUGGAAUUGUUAGAAUGGGUUGAGAAAUGUAAUUGAGUAAUUAAGAUCAAAGGAAUAUCCUUAAGUUAAUUAGUUUUCUGGAAAAAUGGGAAUUUGGGGAAAAAUGUGACAUUUUUAAAUGUGAAAAAUACAUACCGUAAAUCACGGUGUAUAAACCGCGCUUUUUUUCCACCUCUAAGAAGCAAAAAAUCGGGGUGCGGUUUAUACACGAUGACAGGUCUGUGACCAGACUCGGACUGAAAAAUAAUAUCAGACAACGCUUCUACAACGCUUCAGCGGAAGAUCACUCGUACUACAAGCCCGGUCACAGCGCCUGAACUUUGCUGUAGCGUUCCUGGAGCGGUAAAAAAAAAUUAAUCACCACUCGUUCAACACCGUUUAACAGAAGUUGGACCCUGUUAAGGCAACGCCGUAUCCGGUCGGCCACCGCUGAUGGUCCCUCCUCCCGCUCCGAAAGUUUUGAGCUGCACAAAAUAUUACAAGUGGCCAAUUUUCCGCCACGGCAAAGUUCAUCACAGCUCCAACAACGCCCAUUGAUAUUUUGGAAUGUUAGUUUGGCGCCCUGGAUGUGUGGAAUGCUUUCAUGGUGGAAUGGUUUGAAUCGGUUGAGAAAUGUGCGAAUGCUGGAAGUUUGAAAAACGGCCCAUUCAUUUUCAAUGGGGAAAAUUCUGUGGGAUUUUUUUAAAAUCUGGGAAUUUUUUGAAAAAAAUGAACUGGUCGCAUAGGAUUCCCGAACGAGCAACGAUUUGAUGCUUGAAUGGUGCGAAUCGGUUGCAAAAUGAAGGCCCUGAGGGCAUUCACACAAUAAUACCGUUUUUUGGCAAUCGCUUGGAGGACAAUGAUCGUCCAGCAACAUUUGUUACACACUUGCUGUUCCACACAAUCGACAGAAUUCUUCAUCGGAAUGAAUUCAUUGUUACGCCCAGCCCUAAACCUAACUUUAAUAAUCCAUAACUUUUAGUUUUAUUAGGUUUUUUUCACCUGCUCCCUUUUAAAUGUCUCCCACUAAAUUGCAUGUGGGUGUAUUUAAGUCGUAUGUCUUAAUGACACGACUACUAUUGGCACCAUUACCAAGUGUCCUCUACCUUUGCCUCUCAUCAAGGAUAAAUAUUCAAAUUAAAACUCUUGAGAAGAGUUUGGAAUUGUAACUUUGUUUCAAUUUAUCAUCCUCAUAAGAGGCAAGUGUCACCUUUUUUUGUUUCCCCAAAAAAGACAGUGGGUGGAAAAGCUAAGAUUUACAACCACACACACAUCUCAGGAAACUGCGGACCCCUCUCUCUUCCUCCUUCCUCCUCUGCGACAACGUGCAGUCACGGUGCUGUAAUGUCCCCCUCCUCUUUCUCCUCCUCUAGUCUUGUCCCCCCCCCCACACACCCCUUGUCAGAGUGAUGUAGGAGCCCAAGAAUGGGGAAACACCUUCCAAGGAGAAAACACACACGCACUUUCAUAACACACACGCACACACAGCUCCUGACUGAGUGCUGCGGGUGUCAGGAAACGGCACAUGUUGCGUUGGACCGAGAUGCAAUGAAGUUUCUCCUAAGUCAAGCGUACAGUAUACAGCCGGUCCAUUAGCGCAGCUGCCUGCAAGACUCUGGCAAAUGUCAGAAGGUCCACGUGAAGACGCUGUGGAGAAGCAGGAGUUCCAUUGGUGUGUUUCUUUAAAAGGUCUCCCUCCUUGUUUAUUGUCGCUGUUCCGUUCCUGUCACAAACCUUCUGUGUUGAAGGAGGCCCAUCAAGCGUCCCUCAUCACCUGACCUAACAUGGGAUGAACCCCUGACCACAGUGCCUCAAGGUACUUGGCAGAUCCUCCAACUUCAACCAGCCCACCCAAGAAACUGAGCUUCAGAGAAGCUUCGAUAUCCAUCAGAGAAGACCUUGAUUCAAUGGUGUCGGAGGCCGAAAUCUUAAAAGAACUGCUUUUUUGAGCACUUUCAGAGGUCUGGCUUUCUAGAGUCGCUGUGUCCCACAGAGUGAAACCUGUAAGAUGAGUUGCAUCACAGAACCUUGAGAGAUAAAGGUGUCGCAUCAAAAUGCAAACAAAUUCUGCGUCGAGUUGUACCUGGGAUCAGUUCGUCUCUGCAGGCAUUAUAGAGCAUCCCCAAGGUGAAGGGCUGACCUAGAGCAGCCACUUUCAUGGUUUCUGAGGCAGACAUGCUCGCAGUUCCGAAGAUUGCCUGAAAUCCAAAGAAGAAGAAAACAUUUCUUUUAAAACCAUCCACAUUUUAUCAAAUCAAGCAAUGCAAGAUUUGCAGAAGUAUUUGCUAUAAAUCAGUUGCUGUUAUGUAACCACUCACCUGAUGUCAAGAUCAGCUGAGAAGUGUGCAAGUCUUCCAAAUUUUGUGUGAUCAUCAGUCAGGUAGGAUGGCCAUUUAUAGUUGAGACUGACUGGAAUUUUGCAUGCCAGCUUUUUCAUAAUCAUCAUUUGUGUUCCGUUAUGAGUCAAACUCAAAUCAAAUGGAUUCAGCAUGCCAGACAGCUAUUAAAAUACCGGACAUGAAUGAUGAUGUCUUCUUCAACGGUAAAAUAACAUUGGAGGCCCUUAAAAUUGUCUCACGCAGCAUUUUGGACAGACUUAAGAAAAAGUGAACAAACAUGGUGAAUUAUCUCUGCAAGCUGUCAUCACGUUGAAGUGUAGGAUGGCAGAAACUGCAACAACAGUUGUGCUCAUGAAUGUUUUUUAUUUUCAAAAGACAACAAAGCACCUUCUCCUUGAAACAUGUGGAAGUAGGAACGAUGGUGUUGAGCAGCGGAUCCCAAACUUUUCACAGUCGCGUACCCCUUCAGACCCGAAGUCAUGUAGCCCCCACUUAAAAAAACAUAAACCACACAAUGAAACAUCUUUGAUAUACCGUAAAUCACGGUGUAUAAACCGCGCUUUUUUUCCACCUCUAAGAAGCAAAAAAUCGGGGUGCGGUUUAUACACGAUGACAGGUCUGUGACCAGACUCGGACUGAAAAAUAAUAUCAGACAACGCUUCUACAACGCUUCAGCGGAAGAUCACUUGUACUACAAGCCCGGUCACAGCGCCUGAACUUUGCUGUAGCGUUCCUGGAGCGGUAAAAAAAAUUAAUCACCACUCGUUCACCACUGUUUAACAGAAGUUGGACCCCGUUAAGGCAACGCCGUAUCCGGUCGGCCACCGCUGAUGGUCCCUCCUCCCGCUCUGAAAGUUUUGAGCUGCACAAAUUAUUACGAGCGGCCAAUUUUCCGCCACGGCACAGUUCAUCACGGCUCCAACAACGCCCAGUCAAAGUUUGGCGCUGCUAGACGCAAGUUCGUGGACGCUUGGGUCCACUAGGCCAGAAUUUGGCUAUAAAUACUGGGAGACAUUGACCAGAAGCGCAUUUGGAAAGCCGUCUGUGGGUCAGACAGUUGCUUUGGCUUUAGCGCCCUCUGCUGUACGGUUGCUGAAAAUGUUUGUGUACGCUUGAAUAAACGUUGGAGUUCAUUCAAAUUCACACUGAAGCAAUGCAGCAUUACGUAAUUGCAUUGCAGAUGAAUUGAUGGACUUUCUUCUUCUUUUUGAAAUUGCUUAGUACCUUUACGCAUGUUGAUUUGAGAUGAAAGACUUGGCAAGCAUUUAUGAACUCAACUUUUUUUUUUCCUCACCGUGAGCCUGAAAAUGGGGGUGCGGUUAAUACACGGGUGCGGUUUAUACACCGUGAUUUACGGUAUGUGUGUUAUAUAUGUGUCUUAUUUUUCAACUGCACACACAGGCUACUAAUUUCAAACGGAGAGGCUUUUAGAGGCGGUUUGGUGAAUUUAUUUGCAUUUGUGUGUGUAUUGAGCAUUGGAGUGGUGACAAGCUGUGGUAAGAUACGGUGCAACAACAUGGAAAUGAUCAGUACAAUGUAACAUACGUUACACGUAAACCUAAUAAUCACAAAUAAUAAUGAAAACAAAGGCACAGGCGUGAGAUUCUGCACCAAGCGAAAAUGCACAGCAGCACAGAGCAAACAUUAUUCACACACACAUCGAGGAUUUUUUUUUCUGCCUCGAGUAAACGCUUACGUCACCCACGCAGAGGACAAAGAAGGAAGCGGAUAACGCGGGAAGAUUGGAGAGGUGAGAGAGUGCGACAAGGCAAUGAAGGAAAACAAAGAAUAAAAUUGCAAUUUUGCCGCCAAGCAAAAUGUAAAAAUGUGGCUUGAAUGCUGUGACGUGUGUCCGUUGUAACGCGGCACUUACAUACCACGACAGCACAUCUUAUACGUUGCAUCAUCUCCUCCCGAAUGGAGCGUAAGACCCGAGACACCGUUAAACUAACGUAGCACAAAUGUACCUUACCAACGUAACGUUAGCCCUGUGGAAGGCUAGCUUUCUCUUCAUUAUGUUGAAUAUGUGUCAGUUUAUUACCACGGUAACGUGACUUCAUACCGGGUUUAUUUCAUCUGCAAAAACACAGCGAUGUGAUGGAAAAUAAAAAGAUU